AUGCGGAGAAGAUCUUUAAGUAUUUGGUCGAACACGAAUACAAACUUGACAGUUUACAAGAAGAAGACAGUGAAGGAAACACUCCUCUUGCUUAUGCAACACGUUACAACAGUUACAGAGUUAUGUCAGUUUUCCUUGACAUGGAAACUGAUCCGAAUACAUCAGACAUGUUUGGCCGAAACAAUCUCUGUUUUACUUGACCACGGCGCAGAAAUUGAUGCAAUAACCGAUGAAGGAAGAUCUCCUCUUCAUGAUGCAGUUCUUUGUGAAAGCCACAGAUCAGUUAGAGUUCUUUUAGAAAGAGGAGCAGACAGAUAUAUAUUGGAUAAUGAGAAUUAUACUCCAUUGUUUAGAGCACUUCAAAUGCGUGAUUUGUUUUCUGUCAAUGAGUUAUUGAAGAACUACAACAGGAAGUUACUCAAUAACUCAAUCAUUGCUAUUCCUCUUGAAUAUGAUAUUGAUGAUGAUGACGAAACAUCUGAUGUAAUUCACUGUUUGUGGAAAUACGAUUUCGAUAUAACUGUUCCUCUUCCUAACAUGGAAACAGGUGUUGCUUUCGCUGUUAGAACAAACAAACCUAACUUGGCAAGGACAUUCUUACAGUGCGGAAGUGAUAUCGAUUUCAUUUAUCCUGAUGGAAAUUCACUUUUGCAUUUGGCUAUUUCAAUGAAUGCUCCUUAUUUAGUCAAUGUAUUGAUGGAACAAUCUGCUGAUAUCGAGGUCCUAAACAAAGAUGGAAAGAAUCCAUUAGAAUUAGCUCUGGAACUCAAUAAUGAAAAGGUACUUUCUGUUUUACGCAAAUUCGCUUCUUUAUAA